CAACGAAAUAAGGGUUUUACCGACUGACAACAUGGCGUCUGGUGACGGAGAUGACUCACUUUAUCCGAUUGCUGUACUGAUAGAUGAGCUUAGAAACGAAGAUGUUCAGCUACGGCUGAACUCUAUCAAGAAACUCUCGACCAUUGCCUUAGCUUUGGGUGUGGAAAGAACAAGAAGUGAACUCAUACCUUUUCUAACAGAUACCAUUUACGAUGAAGAUGAAGUCCUGUUAGCACUUGCAGAGCAGGUUAGUUUUGCUAUAAUAAAUUACUCUGUACUUUCAGAAGGUCAUUUAUAAGAACUGACUUUUCCUGUAGGAAAGAUUUAACACUGUACCACAAAUCUGUAUGUAUUUACCCUGUACAGGCCUUCUGAUAAAUAUUAGGGGAUGGUG